UAUAUAUAUAUAUAUAUAUAUAUAUAUCCAAACUGUCAAAGCAGACGACAUUUUAAAGAAAAUUUAUAAUUGAUUAUUGAAAAUAUAUGUUUAAAAUCAUGUAAAUUUUUUUUGAUAAAUUGGUUAUGUACGAAUUCUGUGAUUUUAAAUAAUUCUUUUUUUUGAAUUAAACUCGAAUUCGAAAUGUUUAGAAAAUUAUCCAAUGAAUUUGGAAUAUUUGAAAUUAUUUCAAGGUAAAUCCACAAAAUAGAAUGCAAAGGAAGUACAAUAAACAAUGUACGUGGCAUUGAGAGUGAUUUUUCAUCGUAUCCUCCGACUAUUGUCAAGAAUAAAAUUAAAAUACAUAAUUCUACUAAUAAUAAGUAUUGCAUUACUCGAUGUUUUUGGUGCCUUCACUCACAUAUUUGAAAUCACAUAUGACGAGAAUUUUUCCUAUCCCUACGAUGGCGAUAUUCAACCAUCGAUAUUGCUCCUACGUAAUAAAGAAAAACCAGAAUUAUCGCCUAUCAACGAGUACAAUCAAACAUUUAUCAUCACACCUCAACGUUCAUGUAAUGAUGUUCAAUAUCAAUCAUUGCGUGUCGUUUAUCUCGUUAAAUCGUCCGUCGAUCAUUUCAAUCGACGUGCAGCAAUAAGAAGUACCUGGGGUUUAGAAAAACGUUUCUUUGAUGUUUCAACGCGAACUGUUUUUCUUCUUGGCAUACGGCCAGAUGACGAGCAACUUAAAAUGAAAAUAAAACUCGAAUCACAAAAAUUUCAAGACAUCAUUCAAGCUGAUUUCAUUGAUUCGUAUUUUAAUAAUACAAUAAAAACAAUGAUUGGCUUUAAAUGGGCCGUUGAACAAUGUUCAAUGUCAAAAUUUUAUAUGUUCAUUGAUGACGAUAUGUAUGUAUCAGUGAAAAAUGUUCUUCGAUUUGUGAGAAAUCCAACAAAUUAUCCUGAUUAUAGAAAAGAAACCCGUCGAUUUGGUGUUGAGAGAAAGAGGGAAAUUCGUGAAUUAGAAACAUCGGACGAUAUGUUUUUGAAUAUUCAACGUGAGAGAAGAACAACUGUAAUUGAUGAUAUUGAAUUAAAUAAAACGAAAAUAGUGAAUUCGACAGAAUUUGAAAAUAUAAAUAAUAAAUCAUUGAUGAAUGAUAGUCGAGAAUUGAAAAAUUAUACAAUUAUUUCUGAAAGAAGAAAACGACAAGUUUUUGAUUUUGAAUUACCUGAUGAUGUGAGAUUGUACGCUGGUUUUGUUUUUAUUUCAUCGCCACAUCGACAUAGAACAUCAAAAUGGUAUGUUUCACUUGAAGAAUAUCCCUAUCAUCUUUGGCCACCUUAUGUAACUGCCGGUUCAUAUAUUCUUUCGAGGGAAGCACUAAUCGAUAUGUAUUACACGAGUUUUUAUACAAAACAUUUUCGAUUUGAUGAUAUUUAUUUGGGUUUUGUUGCAAAGAAAGCGGAAAUUCAACCAUUUCAUUGUGGUGAAUUUCAUUUUUAUAAAAAAGAUUAUAAUAAAUAUAAUUACAAAUAUGUUAUCACGUCGCAUGGUUAUGAGAAUCCAGAUGAAUUAUUACAAAUUUGGAAUGAACAAAAAGCUUUAGGAAAUGCCUAAAAUUUUCAAUUUCAGGGUGUCUUAACGGUCAGGGAAAUCAGGAAAUUUCUUUAAUUUUCUCGAAUUUUUUUUUAUGAAUAAAUUAAAGUCUAUCACAUUCAGGAAAUACUAGAUUAAAUUUUAAAAAAGCAGAUCAAAAUUGUUAUUAAAACUGACUUAACAGUUUUAUUUCAUAAAUUAAAUUAACUAUUAGUUUCAAAAUUUUUUUUUUCUUUUCUCCCAAAGCAAAUGCAAAUUAAAAAGUUGGCCUUCACACUCAAUUAUUAAGCAUUUAUAUAUUCAUUAAGUAAAUAAUUAUUUACUACUAUUUAUUGAAUCUAAUAAAUGAUUUUUUAAACUUGAAUAACAA